AUGGACGGAAUCGAUGCAGCGGGGAAUGCGCCCUCUUCGCCUUCCGCAGCUGUGGCCACCGCAAAGGCGCACCAGCAGCACAACUUGACAAUAUCUUCAACAACGUCCUCGACUUUUGGUGGCAGUGGCAGCGCGCUCGGCCAUUCUCAGGUUGGGCAGCAAUUGAAAUUGCAACAGUCUGAGCCGAUGCAGCUAUCUGGCUUUACUGCUGCCAGCGCACAGAGCCGGGUAUUCAGCUCGCCAAGGCAACCGUCAUCAACUGCUGCGGGUCCAUUUAGCCCAAGGCCAUCGCUUUCACCGCUGCAGGAAGGCUCUGGCGUAUUGGAGUCGUCGGGCGAUAUUUCUCAAGAUGUGGGCCUUACAGCACCCUUCACCUUUAUUCCCUUGAUGCAUGGGCCGCCAUCUCCAGUGCAUUCGUCGGCGCCAUGUUCUCCAGCUUCCUCUGUCGUUCUGUGCUCCGGCGCGUGUCGGUCGUCCAUCGCGUCCGCCACCUACCGAAUGACCUCCUACGGCAUCGACUCGACCUCCAGCGGGUUCGCUUUCGCGUCCAAUACUGCCCUCCCAGCUGUCGCUGACGCCGCCGCAUCGGUAUCUGCAGUCGGUUCCACUGCCGCUGCCGCCGCCGUCAACAGCGGCGGCGGCGGCAGCAGCGGCGACGGCAGCUGCCCGUUGGUGAAUGCGCUGUUGGGACCGCCUGACGCUUUCCGGCAGUGCUUUUCUGAAUUUGCUUCUCCGCCUUCUAUCCAAAGGCGCUGUGCAGCUUCAGCGGCGCCGCAGCCCCGAGGGGGGGCCCCGCCGCCCGGGGCGGCGCCAGCGGCACAGCACCACCCGCCGCCGCGCGUCACAAACUGUCUCCACCGUCCGCAUACCGUCCAUACCUUCGUCAGCAGUGCCGCUGCUGGUACGGCAGCCGUAUCAGCCGCAAUACCGGCAGUAGCACGCGGCGACAGCAGCACAGCGACAGCUGCAGCGAGACACACGACCACUGAGUCGCUCACGGACCAGCCCGCAUCUGCGGACGUGUCCGUUGGCAAUACCCCUGCCGCCGUCGCCACUGCCGACACCGCCCUGCCGCCGCUGUCGUACUUUGCGACUGCAUCGCUUUCCGGGUGCUCUUCCCGCCGGUCGUCGCUCCGAGACCAAAAUUCCGUGACCAUUAAGGCCACGACGGUGGUUAAAGACGCGGCGGGUGCCAUUGACAAAAUUCUAUCGCGGGGGGUGACGGCGCUGGUGACGGCGCUGCGCUCGGGGGGGCCGCCGUACAACUCACCGUACGACAGUCUUAACCAGGCUGUCAAGGCUAUUGCAGUCGCCAGGCAGUACGCCAAGGAGACGGCGCCUGAGGGCGUCGAGGUCACUUUCCUGCCGUUUCACAGGUACGACAGCAAUGAGCGGGCCGAUCCAUCCCGCUUUGCUUUUUUGGUGUUUCCGGUGCCGCACUUGGACGAGCAGCUCAAGACGGUGGACGAGACCGUACUGAAUGUGGCCCGCGGGUCGGAUGUGCACAAGAUGGCCAGUGCCAUCAUUGCUGUCAUGCUGGACCGAGGCCAGGCGGUUAUGAAGGCUGCCGGCACGGAGGCGAUCUUCGUGGCCAUGUCUGCGGUCGUCAAUGCGCGACACCGACUGAUACUGAAGCACGGUUUCGAUCUCAUGCUGGCAGCCGCCUGGAUUACGGAGGACACCGUGACAGUCAUGGGCCGCGAAUCCAAGUUCCUCAGGUUCAACAUUCUUAAGACCGAGCCCGCGGGUCCUAAAAGCCGCGUAGCGCCCUCCUUGCCUCCAAUGGUGGACAACUACUGA